AUAAAAAAGUACUGCAGAAAAAAAAUUUUGAACCCCACAAUACAGACACAGAUCAGCCUGGAAUCACGUCAUUCACGGCUUCAAUUAUUUUAUUCAUAUCUUAAACGUAGAAAAGGAGAAGAAGAACCCUCGAUGGAUGCUCCUCUCCCCAGGAACAACGACAGGAAGGAACAACGAGAACACAAAAGAGGACAUUGGCAAUCAUAUCUGCCAUGCACAAGAUUGAGGGGUAGAAGUCCCUUUGGCCCAUCGGAAAAAGACAGUCCAUUUUCUACCCUAUCACAUCCCGCGAAGCGAAUCGAACAGACGCGGUGUCUUCCACUGCCCCCUGACCAUUUUACUUCCUUCCUCUCUCUUCCUUUUCUUUCUCUCUUUCUUCUCUCUUUCCAUCAACCAUCUCCUCAUUCCUCAUCGCCACUCUCCUCUCUCAACAACAAUGUCUGAGUUCUCUACUCGCGUCGUUGGUGCUGCCAACACUCUCGAACACCGCGUCUUCAUCGAGCGCAACGGUGUCCCUAUCUCGGCCUUCCAUGACGUCCCUCUGUACGCUGACAAGGCUAACAACAUUUUCAACAUGAUUGUCGAGAUCCCCCGCUGGUCUAAUGCAAAGUUGGAGAUCUCCAAGGACGAGCCUCUCAACCCCAUUAAGCAGGAUGUCAAGAAGGGCAAGCUCCGCUUCGUCCGCAACUGCUUCCCCCACCACGGUUACAUCUGGAACUACGGUGCUCUUCCCCAGACCUGGGAGGAUCCCACCCAGUCCCACAACGAAACUAAGGCUCGCGGUGAUAACGAUCCCUUGGAUGUCUGCGAAAUCGGUGAGCAGGUUGGCUACACUGGUCAGAUCAAGCAGGUCAAGGUUCUCGGAGUAAUGGCUCUUUUGGACGAGGGCGAGACUGACUGGAAGAUCAUCGUGAUUGAUGUCAACGAUCCCCUUGCCAACAAGCUGAACGACAUUGAGGAUGUCGAGCGUCACCUUCCUGGCCUCAUCCGUGCUACCAACGAGUGGUUCCGUAUCUACAAGAUCCCUGAUGGCAAGCCCGAGAACCAGUUCGCCUUCUCUGGUGAGGCCAAGAACAAGAAGUACGCCCUCGAUAUCAUCAAGGAGACUCGCGAGGCCUGGGAGCGUCUGAUCAAGGGUGCCAUCCCCUCUAAGGCUGAGGCCUACGAUAUUCAGGUGAGCAACGUCGCGGUCGAGGAUAGCCCUUACAAGGUCUCUGCCGAUGACGAUGUUAUCAAGGCCAUCCCUACUGCCUCGCACAAGCCCGCUGCCCCCAUCGAUCCCUCGGUCGACAAGUGGUUCUUCAUUUCUGGAACCAGCAACUUGUAAAUACAUUCCACUUUUUUUUUUACCAAAUAAAGUUGGAUUUUAUAUAUACUA